ACUACACAUCCCAGCAGGCAGCGCGGCGGGGCCGGCCCCACCUGACAGGCGCGGGCCGGAAGCGCACCACAGCGAGGCCGCGCCGGUGGAACCGGAGCCUGAGGGCGCAGGAGCAGCCAUGGUGUCCGGCAAGCAGCUGGCUGACUUCGGUUACAAGGCCUUCUCCGGCUCCAUGAUGCUGCUGACGGUGUACGCCGGGUACUUGUGCAGCGUCCGCGCCUACCGCCUGCUCGAGCGCCGGCGGCAGCGCCAGGCCGCGGCCGGCCCCGAGAGCUGAGGGCGGCCUGGGGCAGCGUUUCCCGGCUGGGGGGGAAGAAGCAGGGAACCCCCCCCUCCUCCCCCGGGGGCCUGCCCGGCUGGCGGUGGGAGGGAGCACUAUAAACCCUCCUAUAAAUAUGUAUAAUAAAAUAUAACGAAAACAGCCAA